UCUGGGUGGGAAGCUGAUGCAUAUGUCUGUAUGCAUGUUAUCUGUUUCGUUUGUGAAGGUCUAAGAGUGGUGUUGCUUUGAUUUUUUUUCUUGUUUUCGUUUUAUUCUCUCCUGAUCGGGAUUGAGCUGCUCCCUUGAUCAGGACAGAGGCAACAGCAGUUGGAUUAAAAAAAACCAACCCAACCUUCUGUUAGAAUUUUGUAAAGGUUUUUGGGGUGAGUUCAAGCCCAGCAACAUGGCUGAGCAAGGAAGUAGUGGCUUGCAGGUGCUUCUCUCUACUUUUCAGAGUUCCCAUGACAAAGACGUGAUCCUGAAUACCCUGAGUAUUCUCACAAAUCUUCUUUUUGUUGGGUCAAACAGGAGGGUCCAGUACACCAUUAGCAAAGGGGGUAGCGAAGCCCUUUUGCAAGCGUUGGUGAACGCAGCACGAACUUCAGCACCAGAUUAUGACAUCCUGUUACCUCUCUUGCGUUUGAUGGUCAGAAUCGGCUGUAAAGAUAAGAAGUUUGGAUUAAAAGCACAACGUCUGGAGGCAAUUGAUGUAACUCUCAGCUUGGCACGAAAAAAUCUUCACCACCAUGAGAAUCUCACCCACUGUCUCUGGGCACUGCAGAUUUAUGCUUCCAAUGUUACAGCAGGAACUAUAUUGGGCAUUAAUGGAGCGAUGGAAUUGCUCUUCCAAGUUAUCCCACCGUAUACCAAGAAGCAUACCAUCACAACAAGGGCAGCAGUUGAAGCUCUGGCAGCUUUGCUGAAAUCAAAGUCCAAUAGUCGCCGAGCUGUACACAGAGGUUAUGUUUGCCAGCUGCUCCGGUUGUAUCAAGAUUGGCACCAUCGAGACAAUUCAAAUAACUACAUUCUAAUCCGGAGGGGUCUUUUGCUUUGUCUCAAGCAUGUCACCAAUGUCCGCUCUGGGAGAGAAAGUUUCCUUUUUGUCCAUGGCAUGGAGAUGCUUUUCAGAACAACUCAGGGCAGCCUAUUCAACAAGAAUCUGGACCCUAUUGUCAAUACAGUGACUCAGAUCCUCAGGAAAACCUAUCCAAAGAUGCCCUUUCCUUCGGCUACAAUUAGCAGUUCCUAUUCUUUCCCCAUUCCUGGGAAAACAGAAUCCUCACUUCCCAGACCUGAAGAUUAUUUUGAUGAAGACACCGAGGAAGAGAUUGAGAAAGACUGUGAGAAUGAAGACGCUGAAAAUAAGGAGGAUGAUGAUGAUCUAGAGAAGGAUAUUAACAAGCUCCUAUCAAGGCCGGAGCUCGACCGACCUGAAUCGGAACUGAAUCAGUAUAUGGUCAUGUGCCCUGAACUUCAAUAUAACAUUCAGGAAAAUGAAUUGGAGCCUAACAAUGAACUGAAUUCUGUGGACAUCCCUGGGACCCUGACCAGCUCCUGCCUCUGUGUCAUUCCAUGGGCUACUUCCCUGAAGUGCCAGCGCAAAUGUAAUAGAGAAGGGGACCAAAGUAUCAAAGAAGAAAAGCAGACCCAGAGGACUUUAGAGAAGCCAGUACACAGAGAGGAAAGAAAGCAGAAACCUCAAGAACCUGAAAAAAUAAUGUUGGGUGAAGCGGAGCCUUUGGUGACUUCUUUCAGAAAAGACACAAUUUCCAGUAAGGGUCAUAGAGUCCAAGAAAGGUUACAGAACAGGCAGACAUCUCAUUUCCAACAUAUGAAUUCCUGUGCAUCUGGCUGCCAGGAAGGAGAAGAAGCUUCUGAAGUGGUCACAAAACUUUUGGAGAGGCAUCCUGGGAACAUCCCUUUCCACAAACCUAGGUUAUUUAUGGCAAGGGCUAACUGCACCCGCUCCAUUCCAGACUACAGAGUAUUGGCAUUCCCAGAUCUCUGGGGUCAUCAACCCCCUCCGUACAGCCAGCCUUUACAGCAAAGGAGAGGUGGCAUCCAAAAGGCCAAAAUAUUUGAUGACAUCCGCCGUGUGGUCCAACCAGCUGAUAUACUCAAGCGAGUUGUCUUCAGUUUAGACAGCUCUGAUUCUUUGCAUUCAGAUCAACAAAAUUGCUUACAAUUCUUUUCCAAAUUUGAAUCUGGGAAUCUCCGCAAAGCCAUCCAAGUGCGGGAGUAUGAAUAUGAUUUGAUCCUCAACCCUGACAUCAACAGUGCCCAGUACCAUCAAUGGUUCUACUUUGAAGUCAGUGCCAUGAAGUCUGCCAUUCCUUACCGCUUCAACGUCAUCAACUGUGACAAGCCAAACAGCCAGUUUAAUUAUGGUAUGCAACCAGUCAUGUAUUCAGUGAAGGAAGCUUUGCAGGGCAGACCUCAUUGGAUUCGGGUGGGCUAUGAUAUCAGUUAUUACAAAAACCACUACCGAAACUGUGCCCCAGCAGAGGCAGGAAGUCCUCGUACGAAGUCAUGCUAUACUCUCACCUUCAGCCUCGUUUUCCCUCACCAGGAAGAUGUUUGCUAUCUGGCCUACCAUUAUCCAUACACCUACUCUACCAUGAUGUCUCACCUUGACAUCUUGGAGCAAACCAGGAAUCCAAAGAAAGUCUUCUUCAAGAGGCAGACCCUUUGCCACACUCUAGCAGGAAAUGCAUGCCCUCUGCUUACUGUCACUGCCAUGCCUGAAUCAGAAAGCAGGAAAGACCUGGAGCAGUUCCGUGACCGUCCUUAUGUCGUGCUCACGGCACGGGUCCACCCUGGUGAGAGCAAUUCCAGCUGGGUUAUGAAGGGGACUCUGGAGUUCCUCCUCAGUAAUGAUCCACUUGCCGAUCUCCUGCGGCAAUGCUUCAUCUUCAAGAUUAUUCCCAUGCUGAAUCCAGAUGGAGUCAUCAAUGGCCAUCAGCGGUGUUCCUUGAGCGGCGAUGAUUUGAACAGGCAAUGGUUGAACCCCAGCCCUGUGUACCACCCCACCAUUUACCACAGCAAAGGUCUCCUUUAUUACCUCAAGAGCCAAGGCCGAGUUCCAGUGGUGUUUUGUGAUUACCAUGGACAUUCUCAGAGAAAGAACGUCUUUCUCUAUGGGUGCAGCAUAAAGGAAACUCUCUGGCAGGCAGGAUGUACCGUAGACACAUCCAAGGUGACUGAGGAUGUUGGCUAUCGGACUCUGCCGAAGAUCUUGGAUAAAGUGGCUCCUGCUUUUCUCAUGAGUAGCUGCAGCUUCUUGCUGGAGAAGUCGCGUGACUCCACAGCCCGAGUGGUGGUUUGGCGGGAAAUUGGAGUGCUGAGGAGCUACACCAUGGAAAGCACCUAUUCUGGAUGUAGCCAUGGACUCUAUAAGGGUCUUCAGAUGGGAACUUCGGAACUGGAGGAGAUGGGUGCCAAAUUCUGCCUUGGACUUCUGGUCCUUCAGCUUAAAUCCCUGCCAUGCAGCAAGAAAGUGAUGACCCAGGCAAAGACUCUAUUGGACCUGGAAGAGGAAAUUGCUGAUCUCCAGUCACAAAGAAGCAACAACAACUGCAGCUUGGAGACCGAUGAUGAACUUCCCUGCGGGGAUGAAGUGGAUUAUAACACCGAUAGCUGCUCUGAUCAAGAAGCAGAUUUUUUGGACAUGGAUAGAGAAAUCCAAGAGUCUCCCUUAAGGGGUUGAAAGUAUGAAAUCAAAAACAGAGGCUGACAGAGGUGGAUGGGAACUCUUUUCUCCCAGCUCUGAAGAAGACUUCUUUUUCUCACCAGUGAGCAGCCUGACCUCGACCCUGUCCCAGUAGUCUACUCUGGGGCUUCGGUAGAAGCAGAGAAGAGGACAGAACCCAGGAAAGAAGAAACAACUCAUCACUUCUUCGGCUGCUUUACUAGUGACAACUAUAGCUUGAGAUACUUCGUUCCUGUUGCUCUUCAGAACAGAUUCCCUCCCCCCUCUUUUUUUCCCCCCUUUCUUUUUCCUGUUAAUAUUGUGAUGUCAUGUAAGGAGAAGGUGGCAGAGGGCUUUGUUCUGUAAUCAAUUAGACCUCUGUGUUAAAUACCUUCAAAAUGUCCUUUGCCGAGAUCGGAAAGUUUUUUUUUUGCAAGAUGUGAUUCUUGCAGCAGAAAGACUACUCGAGGAUAGGUCAAAAGCUUGAAAUCAUUUCUUACCAGUUAGGGCCAUGUUCUUCCUUGGCCAACUGCAAAUUUUGCCAACAGCUAAUGGGACGAUAAUGCUAAACAGCUGGAGGGGGGGAAAGUGUCAAGAGAGUAUUUUGCAAAGAGGUUUUAUUUUUAUUUUUAUGAGGAGUGGGAGGAAGGGAAACAGGUUCUUAGUCCUGUGUCUUCUUCACAGCAGAUGCUCCAUGAUAAAACAUGUAAAAUGUUGAUAAAAAUGUUGAUAAAUUGUCUAGUUUAAUGAAAAGAAGGACUAGGAGAGACAUGAUAGCAGUGUUCCAAUAUCUCAGGGGUUGCCACAAAGAAGAGGGAGUCAAACUAUUCUCCAAAGCACCUGAGGGUAGAACAAGAAGCAAUGGGUGGAAACUCAUCAAGGAGAGAAGCAACUUAGAACUAAGGAGAAAUUUCCUGACAGUUAGGACAAUCAAUAAGUGGAAGGACUUGCCUGCGGAAGUUGUGAAUGUUCCAACACUGGAAAUUUUUAAGAAAAUGUUGGAUAGCCAUUUGUCUGAAAUGGUGUAGAGUUUCCUGCCUGGGCAGGGGGUUGGACUAGAAGACCUCCAAGGUCCCUUCCAACUCUGUUAUUAUGUUAUGUUAUGUUAUAACAAAUACUUAGUUUCUGGGGUGAAAUCUACUUACCUUCCUUACCGGUCCAGAAGUGCACGCACUGCAUCACAGGUGAGCACAUAACCUUCUGCGCAUGCACAAAACCUUUUGCACAUGCUCAGAAGGUAAAAACCAGGAAGUAAUGAAACCUGGGCGGGUGGGUGGAGCUUUGCUCUGCCAUUGCUACCAGAUCGCCGAAAUACCAGCCACGAUGGCUACUGGAUCUCACAAUCCAGUCUGAUCUGGGAGCAUUUCACCCCUGCUUUGGUUGCAGAAAGUUCCCAGUUCCAUCUCUGCCAUUUUCUGAUAAGGCUAGAAAAAGUCCUGGCUGGACAACAAUCAUAUUUUUCUUUGUCUCAAUGAUUUGGGUUUUCAUAGAUGUUUGAGGUAAAAUAUAGAUUGCAACUUUUUUGGCUUUUUCCUUGCCUUUUCUUUUCUGUAAAGAACUUCACUGCUCAACUGUCUGGUGGCUCAGACUGCUAAGACAGUCUGUUAUUAACACAGCUGCUUGCAAUUACUGCAGGUUCUAGUCCCACCAGGCCCAAGGUUGACUCAGCCUUCCAUCCUUUAUAAGGUAGGUAAAAUGAGGACCCAGAUUGUUGGGGGCAAUAAGUUGACUUUGUAUAUAAUAUACAAAUGGAUGACGACUAUUGCUUAACAUAGUGUAAGCCGCCCUGAGUCUUCGGAGAAGGGCGGGAUAUAAAUGCAAAUUUAAAAAAAAAACAUCUCCAGUUGGUUUAGAAAAUACAUAAACUCUCCCAUUAAGAUUCAUGAUGCUUUUCUUUAAGGUGAAACUCUCACUUCCGUUGUGUUACUCUGGUUUUUUUUUCAUGGUGUUCUGUCAGGAUUUGCAAGAUAUAUCUGUAAGGCACAAAGAAUCAGGACCACAUGUUGAGUUCCAGUUAAGAUGAUUUAGUGCUCAUGCCUAUACACAAGAAUCUAAUCAACUAAGGUCAGCACUAAAUUGGUGCGAGGUAAGAGUUAAUGGAAUUCAAGGGGAUUCCAUUGGUGGGUAUGUAAUGAUGCCAGGCUGAUUCCUCUCUUGACUCUGCCCCAAGGCUCUCCCUGUUCUUCUCCUAUAACUGUGAUGGCAAACCUAUGGCACACAUGCCAGAGGUGGCAUGCAGAGCCCUCUCUGUGGGCAUGUGCGGUGUCGCCAGCUGCUCUUCUGGUUUCUGGUAUGCAUGGCCUUCAUGUGCGCCGGAGCACCAGAAACUUGAGGACCAGAUGGUCGACGCACGCAUGCAAUGCCUAAAAGAUUCAUCAUCACCAUCCUAUAUAUUUUUUAAUUAUUAUUAUUUAUUUAUUUAUUUUGUCAAACACCACAAUAUAUAAGCAUGAAAUAACCACACAAAUUGAAUACAACCAAAGGGAACAUUAGGACAGGAACGGUAGGCACACUGGUGCUUGUAUACACGCCCCUUACAGACCUCUUAGGAAUGGGGUGAGGUCAACAGUAGACAGUCUUUGGUUAAAGUUUUGGGGAUUUGGGGAUGAGACCACAGAGUCAGGUAGUGCAUUCCAGGCAUUAACAGCUAUGUUACUGAAGUCAUAUUUUCUACGAUCAAGUUUGGAGCAGUUCACUUUAAGUUUAAAUCUAUUGUGUGCUCGUGUAUUGUUGUGGUUGAAGCUGAAGUAGUCUUCGACAGGAAGGACAUUGUAGCAGAUGAUUUUAUGAGUUAUGCUCAGGUCAUGCCGAAGACGUGUAGUUCUAAAUUUUCUAAAUCCAGAAUUUCAAGUCUAGUGGCAUAAGGUAUUUUGUUGUGAUCAGAGGAGUGGAGGACUCUUCUUGUAAAAUAUUUCUGGACACACUCAAUUGUGUGAACGUCUGAAAUGGAGUGUGGGUUUCAGACAGGCAAGCUAUAAUCGAGAAUUGGUCUAGCAAAUGUUUUAUAUUCUCUGGUUAGUAGUGUAAACUUUCCAGAGAAGAACUACGCAAGAUAAUAUCCCAGGGUCUGAGUCUGAAAAGGGAAGGAUGGAUAAUAAUGUUACAAGUUGAGGUAGACUACAUUUUUUGCCAGCCCCUUGUCACACACACCUGACAUAGUUUAGAACAGACCUUAAGCAGAUACAAUGAAUGUAUUUAUUGCAGAGUAUUAACAAGCCGUACGGAUAACAAAAUUUUGCAUCAGACUGUACGUAGGAAACCUGAUCUACAGAUACGUUAUUUUCCAAAUCUGAAUCUUGACCCUUUUCCUUUUUACACUUUGACUCAAUAGUCAUCUACCUGCUUGUUUCUCAGCCUUGAAGAUCCCAUGGUAACCAAAUGCUUUUUGCCCUUAGGCAUCUAAAAAGGAAUUUAGAAGUGUUUGAUUGUAAGUAUAGAUAGGUUUUGUCUUGGUCUCUGUGAUUCCUGAGUGGCUGAGAUUGCACCUGCUGGAAACGGUUAGGGUUAAAAUUGAAAAUGGUGCUGAGCACCAGCAAUCAAGAGACAAGUUUCUUUGCUUGCGUUUAUCCCUCCCCCUUCCCUCCCUUUCUUUGUCCCUCCAUAAGGGCUUUUCCUGCUUACCAAGUUUUCUGUUUGUGGCUCACAUUAAGGUAUAAGUGGCACAGCCCAAAAGAAUGUUUAAAGAAAUAUCAUCAUAUUUCACCUAAACCGAAAUUCAAAGGGGAUUAGAGCAUUAAUCCAUUUAGCCUGUUCUAUCUGGAAAUGGCUGUCUGAAGGAUAAGGAACUUCCUCCCCCCCCCCCCCACACACUUUUUCUUUUUUUCUUUUAAGGAUUGCAUUCCCUUAAGCAUCAUCUCUGGAAUUUAUGUGCCAAGAGUUUGCAGAACCCGCAUGAAAAGCAGCUAAAAUGUUAGUGACUUUUUCUGUCUAUAUCUGUUGGGUGUACCAUCAGAUCUCUGUGCAUACAAACCCAUCUCCUUCUCCUUCUUAUUCUUGAGUAACAAUUUCCAGCAACACCAUUGAUGAGAGAUGCUGAAGGGCCAUAGUUUCCCACACCUACAGAGUCACAAGUUCUAUAACGCCUGAUUUCU